AUGGACCCCAACUCAGUUUCUUCUUGUGUGAUCCGCAAGAGGAACUGUUUUUGUUUAAGCCAUACCGGUUUUAACUCACAACAUCCAUGUAUCAUGUCUGCCGGAGCACAGACAGUGGACGAGGGAACAUGUUUUAACUUUCAUGGUGACUCCUACCUCCAGUUUACACCAAACAACUUCAACAACAAUAAUUCGAUUCACUACAGCAUGAAGUUCCGCACCGCCCAAGAGAACGAGAUCAUACUCUACACCCAGGGUCCCCAUGGCGACGACGAAGCUUUAUUUAUCAAAAACGGCAAGCUACGGUAUCAUUUAUUCAACACAUCGCCCAGUGGAGUUGAAGGCUCCUUUGGUGCUUACUUGGAAGCUGAUGAAAAUGUCGCCACUGGUAGCUGGAUAACGGUCCACGUCUUCAGGUCAUGGCCACAGUACGACAGCAACAUGCGUCGCACCAGAAGGAAGACCGGCUUAGAAGUGGACAUUGAUGGGCAGACAUACAUAUAUGUAGACUACUUUGAGCGAGACGGUAUUUCCAUUCAUCCAGUUAUCUACCUCGGUGGCUACAGAAAUACUUUGGGCACAACCCUAAACAAUUUCACUGGCCAGAUCAAAGACAUCUUUGAAGAGAAGAAUCGACACCGGUUUGAAAAUCCAUCGCUAAACUAUGGAUCAAGGGUUGGUCUGGAUUGUGUAGGCACUGUGGCACCAAAUUAA